AUGGCAUUGUUCGGAAAAUACACGGCCUUCGUUUUAUUGUUGACUGUUGUUGCUUAUUUUUCGAUCGCAGUUGUAUGUGAAUUGACCGCAGUCAUUGAAACGGAUAGAGGACCUGUUGUGGGGGAAAUCUUGCGGACAGUGAUGAAUUCAGUUCCUUACGGUUCAUUCAGGGGAAUUCCGUAUGCUAGACCACCGAUCAAUGAUCUUCGAUUUCAGCCUCCUGAAGAGGCUGAACCAUGGGUACAUGUUCUCGAAGCAACAGCAGAAGGUAACCAAUGCCCACAGAUGGAUUUUAUCAAAGAUACCUUCAGUGGUAAUGAGGACUGCCUGUACUUGAACGUCUACACGCCUAAGGUAAAUUAUGAUGAAACCUCGUCAAGCGAUCUACUACCGGUGAUGGUAUGGAUCCACGGUGGAAAGUUCGCGACAGGAUAUGCUAAUGCUUCAUACUAUGGUCCUGAUUUUAUUCUCGAAGAGAAUGUCGUCAUGGUGGCUGCCAAUUUUCGUCUGGAUAUAUUAGGUUUCCUGGCACUGAAUAUUCCCGAAGCAUCUGAAAAUCUCCAACUGAAGGAUCAAGUUCUGGUGCUCAAGUGGGUUCAACGGAAUAUUCAAAAAUUCGGAGGUGAUCCGAACAGGGUGACGAUAUUCGGCUGCAGCUCUGGUGGUGUUGAUGUUGAUCUCCACAUGAUUUCAGACGCUUCGAGAGGAUUAUUCCACGGAGCUAUAGCAAUGAGUUCUGCUCCCUGGAGUGCCUGGACCUUCUUGACACGAAAUCAAAGUGAGACUCGUGCCUUUCAUCUCGGGAAAGUCCUAGGAAUUGAUACGGAGGAUAAAACUACGCUCUAUCGUGAAUUAAUGAAAAAAACGCCUGAGGACUUGGUGACUGGAGGCGAAAAAUUGUUACCGAAUUUGAUACAUGCAGAUCGCAAGUUCAAACCAAUAAUCGAAGAUGCUAGAGUGGCUGGUGUAGACGCCUUCUUAACGGAAUGUCCCAUCAAGAAAUAUAAAGCUGGAAGUUUUGCUCAAGUCCCCUUCAUGAGUGGUUUCAUGCGGGAUGAAAUGCUUUCUUUCACUACUAGUACGCAAAAUUUACAUUGGUACGUAGAACUUGCUCUCAAGCAGUUCGCGGGCUGCCAUCAUCCAGUGCAGGAGAAACUAACGCAUCUCUAUGAUGAAUUGUCAAAGGUCUUGCACAAGCAUAUAUCAGAAUUGCCCGUUGAAUUGGUAACGCAAGCCAUAAAUCAUAUCACGAAUACGCUCUAUAGGCCUGUAAUCGACCAAAAAGUAAAGUUGGUGGCUGAAAUGUCUUCAGCCCCGGCUUACUAUUAUCAGAAUUCUUAUAAUGCUGAGGAAUAUUCAUACCAUCGAUUACAAGCGCGCAUUAUCCCAAGCUUGACUGGCGCCGGGCAUGGAGAUGACUUAUUCACAAUUUUUCAUGUAUCCAUAUUCGAUCUACCACUGGAUGCUGACCAUCCUUUUUCAAAAGCAAGAAAGCGAAUGGUUCGGAUGAUCACAAACUUCGCCAAAUAUGGAAAUCCCACCCCUGAUGGAACAUCAGAUCCUGUAUUGAAUAUCACGUGGCCAAGGGCUCCUGGAAAAUAUAUGGAGAUCAACGACCAGUUGACAAUUGGCGAUAGUCCGCUCAACGAAGAUGCCAAAUCAAUUCAGAAAGAUUUGUCUGGUUUAGUUUGGGAUGAGUUCAACGGUUGUGAUCAAUCGCAGUCGCGAUGAAGAACAGCAGAUCGAGGAAACUCUUAUAUGCAACAAAAAUGUGUUUGACGCCCAUCUGAAUUUCAGAUGUCAAACGGAAAACAGAUGUCUGAAUCAUCAUUGUGUUUGAAACAGACCUUAACAGUUUUCUCUUUAAAAAAAUUUCAGAAGUUUAUUUGUAGGUACCAUUUAUUAUGUUAAAUCUUACAUUUACUACCUAAUAUGAAUAUUUAAUCGCAAUGCGUUCGAUAUUUCCAUACUAUUUAUAAGUCUUGUAAUUGGCCUCAGCCGUCUUGACUUGA